AGUUUCGAAAUGUGGGCAGCGCCGCUGAAGAAAAAAAAGGAAGUGUAAACGGGUGGAGUUGUCCAUAGUGAAAAGGGAGGAAAAUUGCAGUUUCCUCAGUAGAAAUGUGUAAAAAAGGCCAAAUUAGAAAACCGAUUAGAAUGUGUGUCUGCCUGCGCAGAGAAUAGAAUUGUUCAUGCAAAAAAAGAAAAUCUACCGACAAGAUUGGGAGUGCAGUGCAUAAUAAAAAUAUAAAAGUGUGUUCAAAGUGAAAAAAGAAAAGUGCAAAUCGCAGGAGCGCCCUUUGGAAGAAAUCGGCUACGACCGUCGAAGGUGGCGAACGCAGUUGCAGAAAAAUGAGUUCGAGUUGCAGUAGUGAAAGAAUAGAAUGGGUGGAAAUAAUCGAGCCACGCACCAAGGAGCACAUGUACGCCAAUCUAACAACUGGCGAGUGCGUUUGGGAUCCACCGGAAGAUGUGCCAAUUAAGCGCACCGACUCAUCACAGUGGUGGGAAUUAUUCGAUACGAAUACGCAACGCUUCUACUACUACAAUGCGGCAACGCAGAAGACCGUCUGGCAUCGGCCGAGCAAGUGUGAUAUCAUACCGCUGGCGAAAUUGCAAACGCUCAAACAGAAUACGGAUCCGAGCGAUCGCAAGGAGAACAGUACACAAACGCAACAAAUCGUCGCCGGCUCGCAGCCGCAGUCACAGUCACAGUCACAGUCACAGUCAACGUCAGCGACACAAUCGCCAUUGGGGGUCGGUAAGUUGCGUGCACAACGGAGCGCUGCGCGUGAAGCAGCAGGACUGGCGGCCAUGAAUAAUACGAAUACGGGUGGUAGCGGUGGGAGUAGUGUUGCGAGCAAGCGUAGCAGCGCGGGUGUGGAAGCGCGAAGCGGAGGAAGUAGUAGUGUGGGUGGUGGUUCUUUCAACGCCAACGCCUUGCCGCUGCACGCAAGUUCCGAGGAGAAACUCUCCGCCGAGUUCAUUUCUAGUCCACGUGGGCGUCAUAGUUUUCGCAUUGGAACGGGUGAUUCAUCAUCGUUCACGGACAUGCAGCCAUUCUCCUCGCGACGCUCACAAGAUUCAUCCAAUCAUUACAAAGAGUCGGGUGGCAAGUCCAGCGAUUCCAGUUUGUCCAGCGUACAUGGUUAUCGGCGAUUCAAUGAUGCUGGCACUGGCGAAAGUUUACGGCUGGGCUCAUUGCAGAAGCAGCGUACCCGCAAGGAGGGCAGCUUUGAUUUGUUGCAAGAGAGCAGUAGUUCACACAAUUUACCGCAUGCAUCAUCCUAUGGUGGGGUUGGUGGUGGUGGUGGCGGUGGUGGCAAUGGUGGCAAUGGUGGCAGUGGUGGUGUUGCAAGCGAUAAAUAUUUCGAUCGUCAUCAUCAACAGCCGCCAAAGCAAACGCAUUCACCGCAGCAGCAACAACAACUCUUGCCGCUGGGGCAUCACUUACCGGGCUACUGCUCAUCCAAGUCGUCGGGUGCUUCGCCAACGCAUUCGGCGCAUACACCACAACCAAAGAAGAAAAUCUCACCGGACGGUGGCGGCGUAGUGGGUGUAGGUGUAAGCGGUCAAUAUCCGGCUGGGCAAUAUCCACCGCUGGCAUAUGCACACCAAAGACACUCGCAGCCACAGCAGCAGGCGCAACGCGGCAGCGGCAUGGGGCAGGGUGGUGGUUCUGGUGGACGACACCAUGCUGCGGCAGAAAUGCAGGGUGAUCGCGAAUAUAAGGUGUCGUUGGCGCGCUCGGGCAGCUUUAUGUCAUCCUCCAUUACUCCUACAGCUGCGGGUCAUCACAGCAAGUCAUAUCGCAAAUCUAGCGGUGAAGCGAAUGGUGGCGCAGCCAGCGAUGAUUCGAUGCAUGAGAAGUAUUUCAAAUCCGUGGAAAAUACUCCAUUGUCGCGCAGGCGUCACACCGCCGCCGGCAAGACGACUAGCGCCGAUGGCACCAGUGGUGUUAGCGUUGCUGGUGGUGGUGGUGGUGGCACUAGUGGCAGUGGUAGCAAUAAAAAGCAUUCGAGUGAUUCCAGUCCGCAGAGCCCAAUUAGUCCACAGAUCAAGUCGAAGCCCUCAAAAACCGCUAACAAUGUACUCGGCAGCAAUUUCGUUACGAAUACUGCACUGCACUCGCCCGGUCACUCGCCAACCGCUCCAGCACACACCAAACACUACAAGAAAGAUUCGUCUUGCAGCUUAGAACUUUUGAAUUUAGAACGCAUGUCUUUGAAUAAACCAACUUCACCACAUUUGAGCGACGUUGUCGUUGCUUCCUCAUCGACAUCACCAAAUAAUAUUGUUAGCGCAUCGACAGGCAUGAAAAAUUUCCCUUCUUCAGAUAAUAUCGGUAGUAUGCUGACACAUUCGUCACGUAGUUCAACUGAUUCGCGUAGCAAGCAGCGUUCGUCAACGGCUACACGCACGCAUCAUCCGCAGCAGGCAGCACAGCAGCCGGCAACGCAACAUCAUCAUCAUCAAAGUCAAGAUAACCGUUCGAUUGGCUCAUUGCGACAUAACUCAACUAGUCUGGAUAAACACGCAAAUCGUCGCUCGAAUGAGCAUUACUAUGAUAGCUCACGCGGUGGCAAACACGAACAUCGCCGUUCGCGUGGCUCGCGACACCAUGGUAAUCUGCUGAAUGCCGAUAACAGUGAUGCAGAGUAUGAUAACGGUAAUAUUUCACCGCUUUAUAGCAAUUGGGAUCAGGAAAUGCACGAGCACCUACUACCGCUUAAGAACUACAUUAUGGAACAAGCAAAACUGUCUGGACAUUACGUAUUCGGUGAUCCCAUCGAUUCCGACUCCUACCAUUCAGACAGUCAAUCGGAGCAUUCACUUUCCGGUCAUGAGCCAGACAAUGAAGAUUCAGAUGGCGGCUCGGACACGCACGGUGGUUAUUUAGAGCACAAUUAUGGCAUGAUCGACGACUAUGCCAAUAUGGAUGAUAGCGUGUCAUACUACGCAUAUCAGUAUCCUCCAUAUGAUCCUUCAGGACGCGAAGAUAUCUCUGAUAAUGUGGAGGCAGUUCUCGAGGGCAUUGGCAGCCAAGGCGCUGAACGCGCUUCCGAAUUCGCACAAAAACCAAAGCAACGAUAUCAAAUCUCCUUUUAUGACGCAACGCACACGACGCACGCCACACCCACACAACAGCAGCAGCAAUAUAAACAAAAACAACCAUCACUGGCUCAUCAUCAACCCGCAUCUCAAUCACAAAUACAAACACAACAAAAUCAACUCUACUCCAAUACACCACCACUUGCGCCACAUCAUCACCUGCCACCACAACCGCCUUUGCCACCACAUCAGCAUCUACAACUCGAUGCCGACUCAAAGCAAAAGCAAUCACAAACAUUACCCUCACCUAAUCGACAAAUUUCACGCAUCGCACAGUCGGGCGGCAUCAGCAGUUCUACUGGUGUUGAUGGUAAUGGGACUACUGGCAGUGGUGGUGGUGGUGGUGGUGUUGUUGCUAGCACUGGUGGUGGUAGUGUGCGUUUGCAUCAUUAUGCCAAAGAUGAAAGUGGUGGCGGAGUGAGUGGAGGAGGAGGUACGGCUAGUAUGUCGCGUACGAGCAGAUUGCCACCGCCGUCAUUGAAGCCGACAAUACAGCAAAUUUUUCCGCCCAGCGAGCGUGCGCCACCUAAUUUGGGCGGAUUGCCCACCACGCUGGUGUGCAUGAAGGAAUGUGAUAUUGAGAAAUUUGCCGCUGACAAUCUAAAUUUGCAUUCGAAGGGCAUUUUUCGCAAGAAGUCUUCGGUACGCGAUAUGCUCAGCUGGACUGCGGAACCCAUUAGCCGACCCAUGUUGGCAUUGUCACGCGACAAAGCAGACAAGAAAACUGCCAUCGAACUCUUCAAAUUGGUGCAAAUUUACAUGGGCGAUCGAAAGGCACGCGCUGGCAUGAGUCUCAAUUCGGUGGCGAUCGAUAUAAUAGUGGCAGCGCUGCCACAGCAACAACUACGCGAUGAAUUGUAUGUGCAGCUAUGCCGUCAGACUACGGAGAAUCCGAAGCGUGAUUCGCUUAUACGCGGCUGGGAGUUAAUGGCUAUUUGUUUGUCUUUUGUACCGCCAUCGCCCACUUUUCAACCGACAUUAUUGAAUUACAUGAAUCGCCAUCGUGAUCCCUCCUUCGCCACAUCAUUCCCGGAGGUGGGCAAAUGGCCCAUACACGUACAGAUCUCACAUUAUGCAACUGUUUGUUGUCGACGACUGGAUCGCAUUGGUAGUCAUGGUCGUCGGCAGGCAAAGAAGCCCACAGAAGAUGAAGUUGAGCAGGCGAGGAAUCAAAUACUACGUGUCAGUAUGUUUGGCAAUACAAUCGCUGAGGUUAUGGACUUGCAAAAGGAUAAGUUCCCGUUCCGCAAACUGCCAUGGAUACAAACAACCUUGUCGGAGCAUGUUCUGAUAUUGAAUGGAAAACAAACUGAGGGAAUUUUCCGCGUCUCUGCCGAUGUGGAUGAAGUUAACUGCUUGAAGAGUCGUAUAGAUCGGUGGGAAGUUCCUGAUUAUAAAAAUAGCAUGGUGGAUGCACAUGCCCCUGCUAGUCUGUUGAAGCUGUGGUAUCGUGAAUUAUAUGAUCCUCUCAUACCGGACCAAUUCUAUGAGGAAUGUGUCAAUACAGAGGACCCUGUUAAAGCCAAAGAAAUUGUUGAUAAGCUGCCUGAUUUAAAUAAGUUGGUUUUAACCUACUUGGUGCACUUUUUGCAACAAUUCUCCCACGCCGAUGUGGUGAGCUGUACCAAAAUGGACUCAUCCAAUUUGGCGAUGGUAUUCGCACCAAAUUGUUUGCGCUGCACCUCGGAUGAUCCGAAAGUGAUAUUGGAAAAUGCACGCAAAGAGAUGGCAUUUAUGCGCACACUCAUACAGCACAUGGAUACAGCGCAUGUGGCGAAUCUCACUUGAGAAUGUGAAGAGGAGGACUGAAUGUAGAAUAAAAAAUAAUAAUAAAAUAAAUAAAGUUCAAAUAAGUCAACAAUUAUAAGCCGAGAAAGGGAAAAUAGAAGUAUGUAGUGCAAAAGAAAAGAUGAGAAACACCAAAAAUAAUGCGAUUGCAAGACGUUUUUAUUUUAUUUUUUCUAUUUUUUUUUUGUUUUGGUUUUUGUAAGCAGCAAUGCAUUACAAAGUUUGUAUGUAAUUAGUAAUGUAAAAUGAAAUACUCAUUUGGCAAGGAACACUGCAGCAUUUUGAAUUUUGAAUAUAAAAUAAAACAGCAAAUCAAAGUUAUACAGUUAUAAAAGUAUGAAUUUAUAUAUAUAUAUAUGUAUAUAUAUAUCUAUU